AUGAACAUCUUAUCUUAUAUCAUUAUUGUUCAGUUAGGCACAUAUAUUCAUGGACAAUUCAUACGUCCUCCACCUAACUUAGAUGAAUACGAUGCGUAUGGGUCACUUUUGGCUAUGAAUGAAUAUUUAGUUGUCUUAGCUCAAAAUGAUCAAGAGCAGUUUACGAUUGUUACCUAUCCAUUUACUAAUCAAUCGAACAAAUGUGUUUUACCUUACGACUCAGCGCAAGGAAGCAUUUCUUCAUUGACCCGCUUUGUUUAUAAUGUUGCCAUAGGAACGAAACAAAAUGCAAGUCAAUUAAUAUUUUCGUACAUUAACGAAAACUGGCAUCGAGAUGUAUUUUUAACUGUUGUCUUUCUCGAAUUUAUGACCAAUGGUUGUGUUCAAAUGAUCAAUCGAACUGCAAUCAACAUGACAGAUCUCAACAUGCAAGAACAUGCUAUUGUCGGCAUGGAUCCAUAUGGUGAACGAGCAUAUGCGAUAGGUACAUAUUAUAUUCAGUGUGUAGAAAUUAGUAGCGGUAAUCGAUGGACGAUAAAUACUGAAGAAUUGUUCUUUCCGAAAUCAUCCGUGGUGACUGAGGAUCAUCAGAUCUUCGUCGUUGGUCAGAGAUAUGUAAAUCUGAAAUUUCUUCCUUAUCUUUAUGUACUGAAUUUAACUUCACUUGCAAACGUGACGAUAUCGUCUACUAUCGAAUUAUCCAAUUUUAAUUUUGGUUCUUCUGCAAUCGAUUUUACUCGAGAUUCAACCAUGUCUAUCGCUCUUGUUGAUGAAGUUCAAUGGUUUGUUGUCGGCAUUCCCCGUUUGGAUAUGUUUCUUAUAUUGUCACGAGAACUUUCAAUUCUUCGAAAACAUAUUUCAUCACAACGCGGGAUCGAUUUUGGUAAAUCUGUUGCUAUACUUGACAAGAAUACAUUUGCUGUUCUCGCUUAUAAACUUCAAACUCCACCGUGGUCGACCUCACAAGUACAAAUCUAUUCUCUCAAUUCUGAAGAAUCAGACACCCAGCCAAUAAUCAUAUAUCCGAACAAUCAACAGGUUCUACCCACGGUGAACUCUAUACCGCCUCCACACAGUAUUUUAACACUGGUUUCUUGGAAAUCCCAUCUAGGAUUGGUAGUUGACGUUGGCGCUGCUCUUCUCAUCUCUGCUAGUUCACCUGGAUAUUACUCAGGUCAAAUCAAUGAUAACAUCUCCGAUAUGGACAUUUAUAUAUCUGUACCAUGUCUUCCAGGCACUGCUAGAAACACAACUAGUUUCGGUCCUUGUUUUCUAUGCCCAGCAGGUACGAAAAAUUCCGGCACAUCGGGAAUGGUGUGUGAACCUUGUAUUGCCAAUGAUACUUUUUUAUGUUUACGAGGUUCCUCAGGAGAAAUUCCAUUCAUUAAUAUUACAAGUUAUAAUCAGUCAAUUUCGUAUCCUAAAUCUCCUGAAUUAGUUGCAUAUGACGAUAUACUCUUAGAUCAUAUAUUUAGUUUCAUGGGAGCGCCAUCGCAUUGUUUGUUGAUAUCUCCACUCUUCUGGACCAUAUUAGCAAUUGGAAUUGGUUUGAGCAUUUUUAUCCUAAUGUGUAUUCUGAUGUGUUUUCCUCAAUGGGAAUCGAAACGAACGUUUCUCAAAAGAGUUUUUCAACAUUUAGAUCUGAUAGGUGAAGGUGAAAUCUGGUUUGGCGGCCUAAUGUUCUUCGCCAUCGUCGUACUUCUUAUAUUUACUAUUAAGUUAUCAGUUUCUUUUAGUCAUUUGUAUCCAAUCGAGACAAUUGCACUUGACAGUAAAACAACAACCAAUUGCGACAGAAUUUAUCCUAAUAGUAAAUUCAGUAGUAUGCUUCAAUUACUCUCGAUGACGAAGCAUGAAGAUGAAGAUCCGAUGUUUUCGAUGCUCGACGAGCAGAACGUUACUUUGACGGUGCAUCUAAUUGGUACUAGUUUUCCUUGUGAAAGUGUGACGACGCGACAAAAUUUAGACCGAGGAAAGAAAAUUCGAUUGAAUAAUCUUGUUUGUUCGUAUGACAGAAAUUUAAGUAUUCUCAGUCUAUCAACAAUAUUACCAGAACAUUUAAUUACAUUGCAAUUCGAUCUGAUUGGACCGUAUUUCGUGGGCGCAAUUCGUCUUUGUUUUUCAGCUCCGUCGGAUACUCGAGAUGAGGAAAAAUAUACGUUACAACAACUGGAGUUUUGUCAACUCUUUUAUGUAAAUAACCAAACGUUGACGAUGAAUCCAAUAUUUGCUGUUAAAAUGACUAAAAUUGUCAACGAAACAGCUGGUUUUACAGUUGCUGACGACAAUACUUUCAGCGGAAGAUGGAUUCCAUCAUUAACAAUCGAUACACUUACUGAUACACUUCUCUUCAAUGAUAAUGGUGAAUACAUUCGAUACUUAUUCGAUCGUUUUACUCUUCUCAUCGAAAUCACUGAAUCAGAAUUUUUUGUUAAAAAUAUACAAGAACCAAUUGCUCGACACACAGAAAUCGUCUUACACACAAUUCUGUUUUCGAUCGUGUUUCUGGAUCUGUUUGGUUUGAUGUUUUUAAUUGUUAAAUUGGCGAUCGUUCCAUCGGUUGAAUAUAUUCAACGGCGAUUUUUUCCGAAGGGAAAACAGUCGUUGAAAGACAAGGCAAUCUGCCCGGAAAGAACGCAGUCUUCUACUGAGGGAACUAUUACACAACAUCGGAACGAUAUUUCAAUAGAGACACAUAUGUAA